AUGGGAGAUCACCUGGAACUUCUCUUAGGAGUGGUGCUUGUGGCCAGUCCUGUGUUUGGAAUUUCUUCCUGCUCCUUUGAUCAUCAAACAGCCUUAUACCAUUUCUGCAACCUCACCAAGGUCCCCCAGGUCCCCAACACCACUAAGAGCCUCCUGCUGAGCUUCAACUAUAUCAGGACAAUCACUUCAAUGUCAUUUCCCUUCCUGGAGCAGCUGAAGCUGCUGGAACUUGGAUCCCAGUUUACACCCUUGACUAUUGACAAAGACGCCUUCAGAAACCUACCCAAUCUUCGAAUCUUGGAUCUGGGCAAAAGCCAGAUAACCUUCUUGCAUCCAGAUGCCUUUCAGGGACUGCCCCAUCUGUUUGAACUUAGAUUGUUUUACUGUGGUCUCUCAGAUGCUGUAUUAAAAGAUGGUUAUUUCAGAAAUUUAGAAUCAUUAAUACGCCUAGACUUAUCCAAAAACCAGAUUCUCAGCCUUCACUUUCAUCCUUCAUUCCAGGAGUUGAAUUCCUUGAAGUCUAUAGACUUUUCCCUCAACCAAGUAUCAACUGUAUGUGAGAGUGAGCUCAAGCCCCUCCAAGGGAAAAUGCUGUCCUUAUUUAGCCUUGCAUCUAAUCACCUGUAUAGCAGAGAUUCAGUGGACUGGGAAAAGUGCAUGAACCCAUUCAGAAACAUGGCCCUGGAAACCCUAGAUGUUUCUGGUAAUGGCUGGACAGUGGACAUCACAGGAAACUUUAGUAAUGCCAUCAAUGGAAGCCAGAUUUUCUCUUUGAUUCUCACACACCACAUUAUGGGUUCUGGGUUUGGCUUCCAUAACAUCAAAAAUCCUGACCAGAGCACAUUUGCUGGCCUGGCCAGGAGCUCAGUGGUCCACCUUGACCUUUCACAUGGGUUUAUCUUCUCCUUGAACUUUCAGCUUUUUGGGACCCUCAAGGAAUUAAAAAUUCUGAACCUUGCCCACAACAAGAUUAACAAGAUUGCAAAAGGAGCCUUUUAUGGACUCAAUAGCCUCCAAAUUCUCAAUCUGUCCUAUAACCUUCUGGGGGAACUUUAUAAUUCUAAUUUCAAUGGACUGUCAAAGGUCACCUAUGUUGAUCUGCAAAAGAACCACAUUGGGAUAAUUCAGGAUGAUACAUUCAGAUUCCUGGAAAAUUUAAAUACCUUGGAUCUCCGGGAUAAUGCUCUUAAAACAAUUUAUUUUAUUCCAAGCAUACCUAAUAUCUUUUUGGGUGGCAAUAAACUAGUAACUUUGCCAAACAUCAGCCUCAGAGCCAACUUCAUCCAGUUAUCUGAGAACAGACUGGAGAAUCUGGCUACUCUGUACUUCCUUCUCCAGGUGCCUCAUCUUCAGAUUCUCAUUUUAAACCAAAAUCGCUUUUCUUCUUGUAGCCCAGGUCCUGCCCCUGCAGAGAAUCUCAGCUUAGAACAGCUUUUCCUUGGAGAAAAUAUGUUGCAGCUUGCCUGGCAGGCCGGGUUCUGUUUGGAUAUUUUCAAGGGGCUGUUUCACCUCCAAGUACUGUAUUUGAAUAAUAACUACCUCCGUUCCCUUCCAUCAGGAGUAUUUAGUGAUCUGACUGCAUUAAGGGGACUAGACCUCAGCUCCAACAGGCUGACAGUUCUUUCUCCUGGUGAUUUACCUGCUAAUUUAGAGGUCCUGGAUGUGUCCAAGAACCAGCUCCUGUAUCCUGAUCCCAGUUUAUUUGCAUCACUUAGUGCUGUGGACUUAAGGCAUAACCAGUUCAUCUGUGAAUGUCAACUUAGCACUUUUAUAAGUUGGCUCAAUCAAACGAAUGUCACUAUAUUUGGGUCUCCUGCAGACAUAUACUGCAUGUUCCAUGAAUCAUUCUCUAGGGUCCCUGUCUUCUCUGUUUCCAUGGAGGGAUGUGAUGAAGAGGAAGCCUUACAGUCCCUCAAGUUUUCCCUUUUCAUCUUUUCUACUGUGAUGUUGACUCUCUUCCUCAUGACCAUCUUCAUUGUCACCAAGUGCCGGAGGUUUUGUUUCCUCUGCUAUAAGAGAGUCCAGAGACUGGUGUUCAAGGACCACCCUCAGGGCCUGGAAUCUGAUAUGUACAAAUACGAUGCUUAUUUGUGCUUCAGUAACAAAGAUUUCAAAUGGGUACAGAAUGCUUUGCUCAAACACCUGGACACUCAGUACAGUGACCAAAACAGAUUGAGCCUUUGCUUUGAAGAAAGGGACUUUGUUCCAGGGGAAAACCACAUCACCAACAUCCAGGAUGCCAUCUGGAGCAGCCGAAAGAUUGUUUGCCUUGUGAGCCGACACUUUCUCCAAGACGGGUGGUGCCUUGAAGCUUUCAGUUAUGCCCAAAGCAGAGGUGUAGCUGACCUCAGCAGCGUCCUCAUCAUGGUGGUGGUCGGCUCUUUGUCCCAGUACCAGCUCAUGAAACACCAGUCUAUCAGAAGCUUUGUACAGAAGCAGCAGUACUUGAGGUGGCCUGAGGAUCUUCAGGAUGUUGACUGGUUUCUCAACAAACUCUCUCAACAAAUACUCAAGAGAGAAAAGGCAAAGAAGAUGGUUAAUAACAUUCCAUUGCAAACAGUAACAACCAUCACCUAG